AUGGCGGAUUUCGAACCUCAGUUCUUCGAUUUCGAAUCUGCUGAUACGUUUAUUGAUGCCAUCCUGGGCACACUCAACCCAGAGCGCAUUCCACCCCUGAUGCUCGAAGUUACCAGCGACGAUGUGCUUGAUGGUUCAUUGAUGGCGCCACUGGCACCGCAAUCUUACGAAUUGAACAAUUACGCCUUCACGGAUUCUUUCCAGUCAGUGGACCCAUCUACCGUUCAGAAUUUUGCUUCGCGGACCCUGGUUCUGACGGGCCUGAAUGUUCUGCCAAUGAGCCAUACUGAGCUCUUGCUGCUGGCCAACACCCUGCCUGGAGCAUCUCUGGUUAAGGAUGAGAUGUACCGUUCUCCGGAACUUGAAGCAGAUCUCCCUGUGAAGCCAAAGUCGACCACUAACAAGAUAACGAAGCCUAAGAAGGAUAAGACCUCGCACAAUAUGAUCGAGAAGAAAUACAGAACCAAUAUCAAUCUGAAGAUUGUUGCUUUGAGAGAUGCUGUUCCAGCUCUUCGUAUUGCUGCGGGUUCUAAAGAUGUUACUGUCGCGGAUCUUGAAGGCUUGACGCCGGCUCAAAAGUUGAAUAAAGCCUCAGUCCUCACCAAAGCCACCGAAUAUAUCAAGCAUUUGGAAAACAAGAACCAAAUUCUCAAGCAGCAGAACUUAGCUUUGCAACGCUUGAUUCAGCAGGCCGACUUGCGUGGCCAACAACAAAUGGCACCGCCUGUAAUGGUUCCCGUCACUGAUAUGACUCAACCACAAGCGCCUCACGGGUUUGGCUUUUACCCUGAUCAGCAAAUGUAUCAACAACCGCCUCAAACUCUGAUGUACAUGCAGGCGCCUCCUCCUCAACAGCCCCAAGUGUAUCAGGCGCAACCUUCGAACCCAAUGUUCACAAACAAAAUGCUUCUUGCUGGCAUGGCUACUAUUGCUGGCGCUCAAAUGUUUGGCGAUUCGGGAAACGGCGAUUACAAAGGUAUGUCCGGUGCUCCGUUCUUGGCCUAUGCGUUUAGUCUGCCCAAGAGUUUUGCUUGGACUGCUCUUAAGCUAGUUGUUUUGGGUAUGGCGGUUUACCUGCUAGUAGCACCAUUGUUUGCACCUCAACCGAAAAAGAAAACCAGACUGGAAAACCACGAGAACCUGGACUUUUCACUCGCAAAACAAUGGACUUUGGUGCACCUUGGUGUGCGUUUGCCUAAGCUGUUGAGUUCUUCAAAGCUGUGUGAAAUCAUGGCUGUGCUUUCGGGCCGUUCAAACCUCUCUGAAAGCCAAUUUUACAAAGCCCUUGUACGUUACUACUUUUUGUUGCUGAUGUCAGAAACUCUGUUUGAGAACUGUCUUUUGCUGUUGGUUAUUGGUCGUUUAUUGAUUAAGCGCUUCCCCGCCUGGAGUGCUGUUUUGAGCACCAAUUUAUCGCUUAAGGGCCAAAUGAUUUUGCAUUUGGAAUAUCGUGGCCGCAAUCCCCACGUGCAAAAGUUGGCGACGCUCAUCCAUAAGAUUGAUGGUCUCGCCAUGCUUGGUCUGGAGCUGUUUUUGACUCGCUUGACAAACCUUGCUUUGAGACGCCCGCUCAAUGCUGGUAUCAAUCAGGGCAUGAAUCAAUUGAAGUAUGUUGAGUACUUCCAAGAAGUUGCCGGUGAUUACUUUGCAAUCUUGACCAAUUGGAGAGUUUUGGAGCUUAUAAAUGACCUUAACUCGAAGUUCCUUGAGGCCAUUGUCGACGUGAAUGACCGGGACGAACUUCUCAAGGAUAUCUUGGCAGAUGUUGCCACGUUAGACAAGUUGAUCACUCUGCUGUCGCUGUUGCAAAAGUAUUUCGAUUUGUUCAAAGCGGUGGUCAAUCUGGCCACUGCUCCUGCUUUAGCCGACAAGAUGCAAGCUCGUGUUUCUAAGAAUCUUCUUGUGUUCAAGCAAAUUGUCGAAGGUCCCGAAUUGACUGACGAUGAAGCAUGGUCUGAUGAUGAGGAAGAGCUUAUUGCUUCUCCUAAGAUAAGGGUACCUAAUCGUCACCGGCUGUUAAUCGCGUCGCUUGGAUUGGUGCUGACCGAGGAAUUUAUUGUUCUUGUUCUGCUGUUAGUUGUCUACCACGUCAAGAACGAUGACAUCAACCAAGCACUUCGUCUCCUAAACUACCUCAAGCUUGACUCUGUAUCGGACUUAACCAUGUUGCUGUUCACUGCGGUGAGUCUGAUGGUGAUGGAAGUGGUACCGCAAUUGAAUGACGUUGAGAAUCUUGAUCUGGCAGUUAAGUUAACUCGCGAAUGGCUUAACCUUGGCUUAUUAGAUGCUAGCUUACAGCAGGCAUUAUCCAAAGCCAUUGUCAGAAAGGGCAUGAUAUUAAAUGGCGUCGACAUUGACACUGAUAAUGAGUAA